AUGAGAUUCCUCUGCUUGCCUGGCGCCUAUGGCAGCGCUAAGAACUUCGGCGUCCAGCUUGGUCCCUUUGCCAAGCACAUGGAGGACCGGGGCCUGGCGACCUUCGUCUUCACGCAAGGCGCGAACGAGGUGGAACCGCCGCUGGGCUGGGAGAACUACUUCGGGUCGCGGCCGCUAUACCGAUUCGUCGAGACGUCGGGGGGGACGGGCGACGCGUUCGAAAUCCUGCGCCGGGUCCACCACAUCCCCCGCGGUCUAAGCCCCGAGGCCACGCUUCGCCUGUUCAAGCCCCCGCGCCCCGUCGAGUUCGACUGGACCCCGUUCCGCAAGGCUCUGGACGGCAUAUUCGAGACUAUCGAGGCGGACCCCGAGAUCGAUGGCCUCAUCGGAUACUCGGAGGGCGCGAUGAUGGCGGCGUGUAUUUGCGCCGAGGAGACUAGGCGGUGGGAGAAGAAGGGUAUACCCAGGCGUAUUAAGUUCGCGAUAUUCUUCGCCGGCAGCCCUCCCCUGGUAGCCGAGGGCGAGGGGUUCACGGCGCGGCUGGCAGACGAGCACGGGACGUCGAUCUCGAUCCCGACGUGCCACGUGUUCGGGUCCAACGACCCGCUCGUGUACUCGUCGGUCGCGCUCUACAACACGUGCGACCAGGACUCGGCGCAGCUGUACGACCACGGCCUCGGCCACCUCGUGCCGCGCGACGCCGAUAACGUCAAGCAGCUGGGCGACGUGCUCGCCGACGUCAUCUCCCGGAUCAACGUCGACAAGGAGGGCGAGAAAGGAAAGGAAAAGGACAAGGGCAAGGUCGUCAUCGCUACUGCUACUGCUGCUGCCAGCGCCGCGGGCGAGGCGGAACCCGUCUCCGCGUCGGAUACCGAGCCCCCCUCCGCCGGCGAGUACUCCGCCAUGGGCCCCUCUUCCGCCGCGUCGAGCGACGGGUCGUCGUCGGAUCUGGGUUCGCGCUCUAGUCAUGGCGCCGGGUCCGAGGGGAUUGCGAAGGUCUGA